UUUCAUCACCAUACUCCAUAGCUGUAGCCUGUGAACAACAAAAAUGGCAUCUUCGGGUGUCUUGCUUCCAGGCUUUGUUUGGUUUCUAUACCUCUUCUGCUUCCUUUGCAGCCUGCCACUAUCCACCUGCAAUGAAACUGAAAAUGAUAGGCAAGCUCUCCUCUGCUUCAAGUCCAGGAUCUCGGGUCCAGCAGGAGUUUUAGCUUCAUGGAGGAACACGUCCUUGGACGUUUGCGACUGGCAUGGGAUCACUUGCAGCACGGUGUCCCCUUGUCGUGUGAUUGAGCUGGACCUUAAGUCAGAAGGCAUCUCAGGCCCCAUAUCGCCUUGCGUUGCCAACCUGACCUCUCUUGCAAGGCUUCAGCUGUCAAACAAUAGCUUCAAUGGUGGCAUACCAUCGGAGCUUGGCCUCCUAAGCCGGCUCCGUGAUCUCAACCUCAGCAUGAACACUUUGGAAGGUAACAUACCACCGUCUUUGGGCAGCAGCCAUUCUCUUACAUAUGUCGAUCUUGGGGUGAAUGCUCUGACAGGGGUCAUCCCGGAGUCCCUAGCAAAUAGUCCAUCUCUUCUUGACAUUUCCCUCCAAAAGAACAACCUUGUUGGUUCUAUACCUGUUGUUACUGCCACCUCCCCACCUAUUCAAUACCUCGAUUUAAGCUAUAAUCAUAUUUCAGGAAAAAUACCUUCCUCGCUAGGGAACCUUUCCUCCCUCAUCGAUCUUCUUCUUACAGAGAAUAAUUUAGUAGGGAGUAUACCAGACAGCUUAGGUCAUAUUCCAACACUGCAGGUACUGGCCUUGACAGCCAACAACUUGUCUGGGACAGUCCCACCAUCUCUAUUCAAUAUGUCAUCUCUGACAUUUCUUGGCUUAGCAAACAACUCGCUUGUUGGAAGGUUACCCUCCAAUAUUGGCUACACACUCCCGAAUAUUCAGGAUUUAAUCCUCUCAUCAAACAAGUUUGAUGGCCCUAUCCCAGCUUCUCUUCCCAAAGCUUACAACCUUCGUCAGCUUUACCUGUAUACUAACAGCCUAACUGGGUUUAUACCCUUCUUUGGGUCAUUGCCAAAUUUGGAGGAACUUGAUUUGUCAUACAACAAACUAGAAGCAGGAGACUGGGAAUUUGUCUCUUCACUCGCAAAUUGUACCAGGUUGACUAUGCUGAUGUUGGUUGGGAACAAUCUUCAAGGCGAAAUGCCAAGUUCAAUAGGCAAUCUUUCUGAUAGUCUGGAGUGGCUGUGGCUAAGGGAAAACCAAAUUUCUGGGCCUAUACCACCAGAGAUUGGCAAUCUUAAGAGCCUCCGCAGGUUGUACAUGGAUUACAAUCUUAUCACUGGAAAUAUACCAGCAACAAUUGGUAAUUUGCACAGCUUGGUCCAUCUAUCCUUUGCACAAAACAGACUGUCAGGGCAAAUCCCAGAUACUAUUGGUAAUCUGGUUCAGCUAAAUUCUUUGAAAUUGGAUGGGAACAACAUUAGCGGAAGGAUACCUGCAGAUAUAGGACAUUGUAAUCAACUCCAAAUACUCAACCUUGCUCACAACUCACUAGAUGGGAAUAUACCAAGUGAAAUCUUCAAAAUUUCUUCGCUUUCUGAAGAAUUGGACUUGUCACAUAAUUACCUAUCUGGGGGAGUGCCAGUGGAAGUUGGCAAUCUCAUUAAUGUGAACAAAAUUAGCAUAUCAGAUAACAGGUUGUCUGGCAACAUCCCAUCCACUCUUGGCCAGUGUGUGGUUCUGGAGUACUUGGAUAUUUCUCAUAACAAUUUGUUCGGAAAGAUUCCACAGUUCCUCACAUCCUUAAGUUCCCUGCAAAAUCUCAACUUAUCCUUCAACAAUUUUGAUGGAGCAGUUCCAGGAGGCGGUAUUUUUAACAAUACUGGUGCAGUGUCAGUUGAAGGAAAUCAUGAUUUGUGUACCAGCAUUCCAACAGGAGGUAUACCUCUUUGUUCAACACAAGUUGACAGAAAAGGGAAACAAAAUUCAUCGGCUCUAGUCCUACGGAUAGUAAUGCCAGCCGUUUCUGCUGUCCUAUUAAUUUUGUCAUGUAUUGCAACAAUUUACUGGAGGAAGAGGAUGCAGGAAAAUCCAGAUUUGAAAGAAUUCAGUGAGCACAUGAAGAAGAUAUCAUAUGAAGACAUUGUAAGGGCAACAGAUAGGUUUUCUCCAGCAAACCUAAUUGGAUCAGGAUCAUUUGGAGUGGUUUACAAGGGCAGUUUAAGGCUUCAGGAAGAUCAAGUUGCCAUCAAGAUUUUCAGCCUAAACAAUUAUGGAGCAAAUAGGAGCUUUAUUGCAGAGUGUGAAGCCCUGCGAAAUGUCCGUCACCGGAAUCUUGUAAAGAUCAUCACAUCAUGUUCUUCUGUGGAUUCUAAUGGGGCAGAUUUCAAGGCCCUAGUGUUCCAAUACAUGCCGAAAGGGAACCUAGAAAUGUGGCUGCAUCCGGGAGACCUUGAACAUGGUGAGAGACAUAUCCUGACUUUAAGCCGAAGGAUCAAUAUUGGCUUGGAUGUAGCCUUUGCUUUGGAUUAUCUUCAUAACCAGUGUGCAUCUCCACUAAUACACUGUGACCUAAAGCCAAGCAAUAUUCUUUUGGAUCUUGACAUGGUUGCCUAUGUCACCGACUUUGGCCUGGCAAGGUUUGUAUUCACAACAUCAAAUGUACAAGAAGGUGAUUCAACAAGUCUGGCCUGCCUAAAAGGAUCCAUCGGAUACAUCCCUCCAGAAUAUGGCAUGAGCGCAGAGAUAUCAACCAAGGGUGAUGUCUACAGUUUUGGAGUGCUUCUGUUACAGAUGAUAACAGGGCAAAGUCCAACUGACAAAAAUUUCAGUGAUGGUGCAAGUCUUCAUGAAUUUGUUUGUAGAGCAUUUCCAGAUAAUAUUUGUGACGUUAUUGAUCAAACAAUGCUAGAAGAUGACAGCAAUGCACAAGAAGUAAUAAAGAACUGUGUCAUUCCACUUGUUAGAAUAGGCCUCUCUUGCUCCAUGACAUCUCCCAAAGAGCGGCCGGACAUGGGCCAAGUUUCUACCGAGAUCCUUAGAAUCAAGCAUGUGGCCUCGCGCAUGUAUGUCAGAUGAAGCAAAGCAUAGGCAGGAUGGUUG